CUUCCGCCAGCAGAUUAACUAGUCCCGCUGCUACUUUGCGCCACAGGUAAUUUCUAGGGCUUUGUUCCAACCCUACACUUCAUAGGAAACGCUAAAGAAUUAGGUAAAUUGGAGUACAGUGGCUGCUAAGAGUAACCAGAAUUCCUCUCCUCUAAGGAUUUCUUUUCUCCGGCGCGGGCGUAAGGCUCUCGUGCUAUAUAAGAGCGUCCGGUGGGGCGCCGCAUCCUCUCUCGGGUCUUGACUCCAAGAUGACCAAAAAAAGAAGAAACAACGGUCGAGCUAAAAAGGGCCGCGGCCAUGUGCAGCCGAUUCGCUGCACGAACUGCGCCCGCUGCGUUCCCAAGGACAAGGCCAUUAAGAAGUUCGUCAUUCGGAACAUUGUAGAGGCCGCUGCUGUGAGGGACAUAUCCGAAGCAAGUGUCUUCGACGCGUACGUGCUUCCCAAACUUUAUGUCAAGCUGCAUUACUGUGUGAGCUGCGCCAUUCACAGCAAGGUGGUUAGGAAUCGAUCCCGUGAGGCCCGGAAGGACCGAACACCUCCACCACGAUUUAGACCUGCUGUAAGUAAUUUUUGUUUUAACCUGAGACUUGGGGACUUACCCAGAGAAAUGUCUACUACGGUUUUAGUCUGGUAUGAUUGCUUUACCAGAGCUGGUGGGAAUGGUGUGGUAUCUUCCAAGUUCAUUUUAUAGUGGGGGGGGGCAA